AUGGAGAACUCCCAGGAAAUGGAAGAACGCAUCACCAUCAUCCCUGACGGGGAUGUCGUCCUUAUACAAGGAAAGUCCAGGACAGCGGUUGGGAUCACUGCUUCAUUUCUGAAGCAUAUCUCACCCGUCUUCGAAAGGAUGCUGACCCUGCCGAUGCUCGAGGGUGAGGCGGUCCGUUCCUUCGAUGGGACGGAACCGGUCGCCAUCGAGCUUCCGGCGGAGCAGCCCGGCGCAAUGAUCCUUGCGCUCCGGGCGCUCUAUGGGUCAGACCCCGAGUGUCUCACCGCAGAGCCUCGGGACAUCCGAGACGUGUCUGUCCUGGCAGACAAGUACGACGUGGUGGCGAGGUUCCGUCCGGUGGCGGCCAUCUGGUUAGGUUGCCCAGCGGCGACAACAACACAGCCAGAUCACCAUGCCGCGUGGGACCUACUGGUGGCCGCCUACCGUUUUAGAAAGGAAAGGAAAGGGAAUUUUUUCAGAUCAGCCAAUUUUUCAUUCAAACAGGCUGGCUCCGCAGGUCAGCAUCAUGCAAGAUCCAUCGUACUAAGAUUCCACUACUCAUCUGAGGAUUUUGGGCUCAUGUUGCGUGCGUUCUGUUCUCUCAUGUGA